GUGCUCUCUGCAUGCAGUGGUGAGUUCUCGCAGGAGAGCACGGGGGUCCUGUACAAGGGGAAGUUCAGCAAGGGACUGUUCCACGGGAGCGGGGAGAUGCUCUGGUUCUCCGAGAGAGACUGGCGGAAGAAGUACAUCGGAGACUUCAGGAACGGACACAUGCACGGCCACGGGGAGAUGAAAUACUCAGAUGGUCAUAUCUACAUAGGCCAGUGGGGGAGAGGGGAGAGAUGGGGGUUUGGUAGGAUGGAGGAGACAUCUCGCAGGAACUCUCUCUACACCGGAGGCUGGGAGGCCGACCGAAGGAGUGGCUAUGGUGUCUACGAGGACAAGAUGAGACAUGAGCGCUAUCUUGGAAUGUGGAGUGAUGGGGUUAAAUCAGGACCAGGAAUGUUCGUUACGUCCACCGGAAGUUACGGCGAGGCUAUAUUCUCUGCUGGGAGUAUUGCAGCUGGGAAUGAAGGUUUCCUGAUUGACUCAAACGGCCAGUCAUUCACCGGAAAACUGGGCCCAGACCUCAAGCUCUGUGGAAAGGGGAAGCUGGUGUUGACCAAUGGAGUGACAAUAGACGGUUCGUUUGGUGGCAAGUGGCUGAAGAGAAUCGAGAUCCACAAGGGAGUCCUGGAAGAUCUCACACUGCAGCAGGAGGGCGAGUUGCUGGGAUCAAACACAAAGGAGCUCCAGAUAGCCAAGUUGGACCGACGGAUCGGUACCUGCACAGUCCUGGCAUCCAACAAGUGGCAGCCAGUCUUCGCCGAGUGCGAGAAUUCCCUUGGGUUCUCCGGCAAUGCUGCCAACGACAGCUACGCAGCCUGGAGCCGACUCGCCUCCAACUCGGCCAAGAAGAGCAAGCGGUUCACGCGCGAGGCACAGCGGCGAUCAAACUCGCUCGACUCGAACAUGCGGCGCACAGUGCGCGUCCCCGUGGAGCUCAUCCCACUGGAGAGAGCUCGAACCAUGACGACAUCCGAUAUGAACACAGCGCUAGGGAUGUCCGUGGUGCGAUCGACGGUCGCCCUGAGCAAACACCUCUCACUGAGUAACAGUGCCCUCCACGAGAACCCGCCGUCUCCACCUCUCUCUCUCCACCACCACAACAUGUCCUCUAGUCUCGAACUCUUGGAUAUCAGUCGCCCCCUUCACCUCGAGAAGUCCCUCUCCUGUAGCCCUCAGCGUGUCCAGCACCACUUGGCGGUCCCCCCGCCGCGCGAUAUGUCCCCGUAUGCCCCCCACGCCGACGCCAGUCCCUGCUCGUCGACCUCGUCAGAGAAGGAGCGUCCCCACUCGGCACCCGAGGACGAGGUGAGCAUGCAGGUGGAAGAAGUGCAGCAGUCUACAGACGUGAAACAAGAGAUCCAGAAAUACUUGGAUCAGGCAUUCAAUACAGAUAAGCACCCGCUGGGAACACUCAUGCAAAGAUUGGAGAUUGUCUACAAGGCUUCGUACGGCGGCAUCGGGGCCAACAAGUACCUAUUACCACAUGCAAUUGCAGAGACUCACUCACUGAUACAAAGAAUACACGGCAUAGUCAGGAUUCUGUUCCCAAUGUUGUCUGGUGGAGACCAGAACGUGUCGAGUGCUGGGUUCACAAAGGUGGAGGGAUUCACUGAUCCAGAUGACUAUGUUGAUAUUGAGUCAGGCUAUGACCUGCUCCACCCACUGGUGUUCACCAGACUGUUCCCCACUCUCAUCACUCUCUAUGUCCUCCACCACGAGGACACCGACACCUGCUACCAGAGAGGACUAGACUUCCUCCGGUCCAUGGACGAAGACAGAGUCGCUGCCUUCAUCAGAUUCCCAGAGCAUCUGUGUAAGAGAGUCACUGGAAUGGACACAGACAGAGAGAUUCUGAAGGUAAACAUACAGAGUUUUAGCUCCUUUUCUUUGCUCUUCUCAGUGGUGUAUAAUAUUAUAACUGGCGUGCAAAGGGAGCCUACCAAGUCAUCUCAGUUGUGUGGUUUUCAUAAUGAUCAAGUUACCGACCCUGCACUAUGACAAUGACAAUGACAAUGUGCAUGCACGAACAUCCUGUACAGUGUACAUUUGUUCUAGUGCUUCCCUUUAUUCUCGUGUCAACUCCACAGGCAGUAGAAGGUGCAUCCAACAGUCUCAGAGUUAUCAGCUCAUUGUUCACACCAGGAGAGUUCCUGACCAGCUUUAGAAAUGCUUUCACACAACUCAGCACUAUAGAGCAACUUACAGGAGAUUUCCUUCUACCAGCAAUUGUUCUUGUCCUUGUCAAAGCAAACGUACCUCAUUUGGGAGCCUAUCUCCACUUCCUGACUGAUUUCGCACACACAGAGCCGGCAGACGAAUAUACACUAGUAACUUAUGAGGUAAUGAUUACAUCAUAUCCAGCGAAUUAUUGCUAGGCUCCAAACCACGAAUGUCUGGGCAUGGUCAGCAGCACAUGCCAGUGGCAAAGCCUUGUGGGGAUGAAUCUCAUUAGUUCAGAACCUUUGCUGCCUUUAUGAACUGGUGAUGCCAGAGAGAUGCUCUGCUGAUGAGGGCCAACAAGCCCGAAACAGUUGUCCAGAGCUCCUCAUCUUUUUCUCUUGGCAUCACAUG